AUGGCCGGCGCAUCUGCCGCAGACGUCCGGAGUAUCCUCUCUCUUCCUAACCCUUCUACUCCUGGUCCCUCUCAGGUUCGCAAAGCACCGAAUACUACAGAACGGUCCACACCGGCACUAACUACCCAGCUCGCCAAACCGCAAUUAAAGCAGAAGCCGAAUCUCGGUGGUGGGGGAAGGGUGAAAUGGGAGUGGAGACCAUUCAAGAAUGAUGCUCGUUCAGACUCACUCAAGCUCUCUCACUGGGCAAGAGCUGGGACAGAUCCUGAAGCUGAGUACGGCUUCUCGAAGUAUAAUGUGCAACCUGUAUCGUUCGUUUAUUCGCAAGAUGACUACGCACGGUUUCUGGAAGACAAUGAAUGGACGAAGGAAGAGACGGACUAUCUCUUCGAUCUUGUCCGUGAGUAUGAUCUGCGGUGGUAUAUUGUACACGACCGGUAUGGGUAUGCUGACGGUCCCGAACGGACCCUUGAGGACUUGAAGGACAGGUACUAUACUGUGUGUCGCAGACUGGUAAAGAACCGACCAUGGGCUGGCGAUGAAGCUGGCAAGACGCAGCUCCUGUCCAGCCUCCAGUUUGACAAGGACCGAGAAGUCAUGCGCAAAAAUUACAUAGCAAGCCUCGAGAAUCGCACGGAACUUCAGAAAGCGGAGGAAGAUGCACUCUAUGUUGAGCUUAAGCGGCUCGAACAAAGUGAACGGCGAUUUAAACGAGAUCGUGACGAGCUGCUCCGCACACUACUUGGCAUCGAGUCUGGUCUGUCGGAUUUACCUAUUGAAGAUGAUGGUUUAGCCGGUGGACCAUUCGAGACUAAGAAGAAGAAGAAGACCCAUAAUGCCACUGUAGAACCCGAAACACCAGUCACGCCGUCUGCGUCCAAUGUGAUAUCGCUCGGACCUCCACAGCCUAAGAGGGCGCAUACCACGAAGUCUGUUCAAUACGAUAACCUCCAUUGCAUACAUCGUUCUGAGGUCCCACCGUCCAAUGGAACCACAACGAAAAGUACACAUCAGCCAGUGUAUCUUCGAUCCUACAAAUCGCCCACUGCGAAGACCACUCCCGCCGCCAAGGUUGCCCAAGUAUUUGCGGAAUUGGGGAUUUCGCCCACACGUCUUGUUAUGCCCACCCGCGACAAUUAUACUCAAUUAGAGAGUCUCAUGGAAGCGGCCGCUGCAUUGGUCGAGACCAAGAAGGCUGUAGACAAAGUUGAACAAGACAUUCGUGUGAUGAAUGCAAGGUUAGGCCAGAGAGAUAGCGAAGACGGCGGAGAGACUGGCGACGCGGUCCCGACACCGAUGGAUGUAGACGAAGGCAAUGAUGGAGAGGCGGAGGCUGAUGGAAGAGCACAGAGCGUACUGGUGGUGCAGGCUCUUACAGUUCCGCGGAUACGCAGCGCGUUAACUGGUCAUUGCUGGUGCAUGCUGUCCACUCUCAGGUUCCCGCGAAUUAGGCUCACUCAUGAGUGUCGUACGUUCACGACAACUGUGCUGAGCCCUGAUCGUUCCAUAUACAUCUCUAGAUCUACGGAUCCAUACUUUAACCUCUCUCUGGAGGACUGCCACGUCUCGGGAUCUGCGUAUAAGAUUGUGAACAAUCGCGCGUACCACCACGGCACUAUGCUCAUAUCUACUAGACUUGACUUGUUAGGUGACCUCCUCCGUGUCGAUAAAGAGUCCAUGCACACAAAAGGUGUUGCCUCUGUCCGGUCUCCUGUCCGCAACUUACAGCACUUCAAUCCCUUGGCUGACCAUAUCCAAUUUGUACAAGCCGUAGUUGGUGCAUUUCGGAGUGAAUAUCAAGUAGACGAAGAGUUACUCAAUGGACCUCCCGCCUUGCAGAUAUACUAUGUCGAAGACAAUAUUGAGUCUAGAAGUAUCGAAUAUAUUAGAAAUGGAAUCGAGGAAUUACCAGGCUGGAAUUGGGUAUAUGGCCAAACGCCAGAAUUCACGCACACUCUUCAACGUCCGUUCGCGUCAGGCAGUAUGACAGCAAAAAUUCACUCCAAACAUGGUGUCCUUCUUUCUUGCACCUUCACCACUGAUGAGGAUGUAGACGUACCACUAAAAGAAAAGUUCAAGGAUUUAGAGGUAAGGCUGGAACAACAGAGGUACGGGUUCUUGGACGAUCGUAUCCUUGGGCAAGAGCUGGCGGGGACGGAGGAAGUCUUGGACGUUUGGCGGUGGCUGAAAGCAGAAAUGAAUUGUUGA